AUGAUUAGCCUUCCGAUCAUUCUCGCGAGCCUUGCGGCUGCACCUGCCGUGAUGAGCGCUGCUCUCCGUCCUUCUCAUUCAGAAAAAGCCUUGCAGGUCACCACUUCAUACGGCACUUUGCAAGGUGCCAUCUCCGACCUCGAAAGCAACGUCGUAGCCUACAAGGGUAUCCCGUUCGCCGAUGCUCCUGUUGGACAGCGCCGCUGGACGGCCCCAACAUCUCCCGCUAAGUGGUCCGGUGUUCGUAACGCUACCACUUUUGGGGCGGACUGCGCUCAGUCAUACUCAUCCCUUGGCCUUUUCUCCUCCGGUAGUGAAGACAUAUCAGAAGACUGUCUCUUCAUGAACAUCUGGGCUCCCAAGAAUGCUACCCCGAAGUCGAAGCUGCCUGUCUUCUUCUGGAUCUACGGCGGACGUUUCGAGGGUGGUGCAGGCAGUGUACCCACCUAUGAUGGUUCCCACCUGGCUGCCAAAGACAUGAUUGUUGUUACCUUCAACUACCGUAUGGGUCCUUUUGGCUUCCUGGCUCAUCCCGAGCUGCAAGCUGAAUCCAAGCACAACUCCACUGGCAACUACGGUAUCAUGGAUCAGCAGCGCGCCCUCGAUUUCAUUCGCAGUGAAGUUGCUGCUUUUGGCGGUGAUCCAGACCACAUCACGGUUGGUGGGCAAUCCGCUGGCUCAGCGAGUGCUCUGAUCAUGAUGUACAGUCCUCUUUCCAGCCACAAGAUCGUCGGAUGUAUUGCUGAAAGUGGUGCUCGUGAUCCUCACGAUCCUGAAACUUAUGGACUCGCCACUAGCCAUCGCUGGAUGCAGAAAGCCUUGGAGCAGGGUGAAACCUUUCUCUCCGAGAUGAAUGUAACUUCAAUUGCUGAGCUGCGUAAUGUUUCUGUUGGAGAUCUCCUUUUGUACGACAACAGCAUGGACACCAUCCUCGACGGCACCCCUCCACUUUGGCGUCCUGUUGUCGAUGGUUAUGUUCUUCCCGUCGGCUAUGGCGAGUCUCUGCGUACCAACUCACACGGCAACAUCCCUAUCAUGACUGGAGACAACUUGAAUGAGACCAGCUCUUCUAACAUGAACAUCACCACUUACAAGGCAGGCUAUGGCGCCAUCUUCGGCAACAAGUCGGACGAUUUCUUUGAUUGCUACCCUGCCGCGACUGAGACGGAAGCCACUCUUCAGAAUGCUGCUUUUGGUAACGACGUUAACCGCUACACCACUUGGCACUGGGCCAAAGACUGGCACUCGGGUGGUGCAGCAAAUGACGUUUUCACUUACUUCUGGAACCACUCGCCUCCGAACCAGACUUCUGGCGCUUAUCACGGCUCGGAGCUUUGGUACACUUUUGGAAACCUUCCUACAUACUACAAUUACACCUGGACUGCGUAUGACUACGAGCUGCAAAAGAUCAUGGGCAAUUACUGGGCCAACUUUAUCAAGACUGGUAAUCCAAAUGGACACGGUCUUGCUGAGUUCCCAGCCAGCAGUGCUAACAAGAACAAUACUGUCAUGUGGCUUGGUGAUGCGGUUGGUGCUGGCCAGAUUGUCGACAAAAUUGAAAAGCUUCCUGUUCUCCAGGACUUCUUCUCGAUGAAUGUCGAAUGGUAG